AUGUACUUUACUCUCUACUUCCCUGUCACACGCCUCCCUGACACUCUUCGCUCAGUCAGGGACCACUUUCUCGCCCUAGACCCUACCACUCUCACUGUCGCCGACUUCGAGAAGCACCUCAUUGCGGUCAAAAAGAAUAUGCUCGCUGUAGGUGCUGCUCGUGGCACUCCUCGCACUCCCCCCUUUAAGGGGUGCUCCCCCUCCCCUCUUGCCCCCUCCUACGCCUCUGCUGCUGCUGCUGUCGACUUCCUUGGUGCUGAGGAGGUUGGGGCUGCUUCCGCUCCUAGUGGGAAGCGCCGCGGUGCCAGGGGCAGCAGGGGUGGCAGGGGUGGUGGAGGUGGCGGUGGAGGGGGCGGUGGUGGAGGCGGCGGGGGAGGUGGAGGUGGUGGGGAUGGUCGUGGGGGUGGAGGUGGUGGUGGGGGCGGCGGUGGCACUGGGAGCGGUGGAGGUGGCAGCGGCGGUAGUGGGGGAGGAGGGAGCGAUUGUGAGAGUACGACGGCUAUGCUAUGA